AUGGGUGAUGCAGAAUCUUUGCAUUCCGCUGAUGAGCUGAAACGCCAGAAGAAAAUCAAAAUGGCCAUCUAUAUUAGUAUUUUCGUUGUGUUUCAGAUCAUAGUUAUCACCACAAUGAGUCUUACUGUCAUGAAAGUCAAGACCCCCAGGUUCAGGCUAGGCAACAUCAACGUCCAGAGCUUCGAAUCUGUCCCGGCAACGCCUUCAUUCGACACGAAAUUCACAACCCAAAUCAAGAUCAAGAACUCAGCCAACUGGGGUUCCUACAAGUUCAAUGCUGCCAAUGUCACAUUUCAAUACCAAGGAGCGACUGUGGGAGUAAUUAAUAUCGCAAAGGGCAAGGCUGGAUGGCUUUCGACCAUAAAAAGAAAUGUGGAGGUGACUUUGAGUUCAAGUGGAUUAACUGGUUCAAAUCUGGGCAGCGAAUUGAGCAGUGGGGUGUUGACGCUCAACAGCGUAGGCAGAUUGAAUGGAAAAGUUGCAAUUAUGUUCAUAAUGAAGAAGAAGAAGGCUACCAACAUGAACUGCACCAUAGCUUUUGAUGUGGCUGCAAAGACCCUCAAAUCUUUACAAUGCAAAUGA